ACUCCUGUCGCCCUCUGUCUGUGGUAGGGCACCCCCGGAGGAGACUGUGGAGAAGCAUUAGUGAAUUAACAGGACAGAGGUGACCAGACCAGCACCCCCGAGAUCACCCCCCAUCCCCUGCCUCAGCCACGAGGGCUACCCAGGAGCCCCCCAUGAAGUUCUCCCUCCCACGAGGUGCCUCACGGGCCCUGCCCUGGGUGGUCCCCGUAAACUUAUGCCAGGGCGGGUGAUGCGUCGCAGGCUCUACUGAGAAUGCCCGCUGGGACUCCCCUGCAGGGGCGGGGCCCCUGUACCCACACCCAGGCAGUAUUGGGGAGGCUGGGUCUCCCAGCUGCGUCGCUGUCGCUGUGGCCCAACCUCUCAUGGCUGAGGGAGGGCUCUGAGGCCCAAAGGAGGGAAGUCACUUCACCUGGAAGUUGUAGUCUCAGGGCUGGGGCCAGAACCCAGGCGGGGGGACCUGGAUGCUGCCCUGUCCUGUGUACACCUUGCUGCCCCCAGGCCACCUCAGGUGAGCUCAGGUGCGCAGGGGCAGGCUGCGUGGGCUGGGGGCCCCGCCCUGGCCCCCACCCCUGAGGCGGGCUCCCCCGGGGCUGGCUUGGGGCAGAGCGGGCGGAGCGGGGGAAGCCCCCGGGCUGGCGCACGCCUGUCAAUCCGAGGGCCCAGCAAGGCGCCAGGAGCCAUGGAGUUGCGGCUGGGGGGCUGCACGGCAGCGGUGGCUGCGGUCCUGCUCCUUGCGCUGCUGGGCGCCCAGGGCCAGGGCGGCACACCCAGUCCAAAGUGUGACUGUGCCUCCAACUUCCAGAAGAGGAGUGGUCUGUUCUGUUGCAAGGGCUGUCCAGCCGGGCACUACCUGAAGGCCCCCUGCCCAAAGCCUUGUGGUGCCUCUACCUGCCUCCCGUGCCCCCGCGGCACCUUCCUGGCCCGGGAGAACCACCAUGAGACCCGCUGUACCCGCUGCCAGGCCUGUGAUGAAGAGGUUUCCCAGGUGGCCCUGACGAACUGCUCAGCAGUGGCAGAUGCCCACUGUGGCUGUGACCCGGGCUGGUUCCCCGAGUGCUUGGUCAAGUCCUGCAGGGACGGCUCCCCCUUCCGUUGCCACCCGUGCUCAGACUGCAGGGCCCUGCACCGCCACACACGGGUGCCCUGUUCCGUCAGAGACACCGACUGUGGGACCUGCCUGCCUGGCUUCUAUGAAUAUGGCAACAGCUGUGUGUCCUGCCCCACGAGCACCCUCGGGAGCUGUCCUGAGCCCUGUGUGACUGUUUGUGGCUGGAGGCAGAUGUUCUGGGUGCAGGUGCUCCUGGCUGGCCUGGUGGUGCCACUCCUGCUCGGUGCCACCCUGACCUACACGUACCACCGCUGCCAGCCGUGCAAGCCCACGGUUCCUACAGAUGAAGCUGGGUUGGAGGCCCUGACUCCCCUGCAGGCCACCCACCUCUCACCCAGGGACAGCACCCUUCUAGCUCCAGCCAGCAGUAUCGAGAAGGUCCGUGCUACCCAUUUGGUAGGCAAUGGCUGGGCCCUUGGCUCCCCUCAGAUCCAGGAGGCGCCCUGCGCGGAGGUGAUGUGGUCCUGGGACCAGCUGCGCAGCAGAGCCCUCGACCCGCCGCCGCCCACGCCCACGCCUUCGCCAGCGCCCCCUGCGGGCUCCGAGGCAGCCACGCUCCAGCCGGGCCCGCAGCUCUACGAUGUGAUGGACGCGGUGCCCGCGCGGCGCUGGAAGGAGUUCGUGCGCACACUGGGGCUGCGCGAAGCGGAGAUCGAGGCCGUGGAGGUGGAGGUCGGCCGCUUCCGCGACCAGCAGUACGAGAUGCUCAAGCGCUGGCGUCAGCAACAGCCCGCCGGCUUGGGCGCCGUCUACGCGGCGCUGGAGCGCAUGGGGCUGGACGGCUGCGCCGAGGACCUGCGCAGCCGCCUGCAGCGCGGCCCGUGACGCGGGGGCGGGGGCCCACACCGGGCGCCUCUGGGCUCUGGCGGCCCUUGCAGAAGCCCUAAGUACGGUUACUUAUGCGUGUAGACAUCUUAUGUCACUUAAUAAGCUCCUGGCACGGCCCUGCGUAGCAGCGCCUGCCGCGCGCCCCCUGGGGUUCUGGUUGAGGCCAAGCGGCAUCGACAGAUAUCGGGAGGGGGCAGGAGAUGGCUCAGCAGUGUCUCGGCCCGACUUUGGCCGAGGCCUGGGUAUUAAAUCUGUGAAGAAAAGCUA